UCUGACGCGGUGACGUCAGCCGGUCAUGCCCCCGGAAGUGCCCGCGGGGAAGGGGCGGGGCGCUGCCGGCAGAAACAUGACAGGAGGCGGGAAGCGGAGACCCCGCGCCGGGGAGCAGUGUGAAAAAACUAAAGAAGUCAAGAAGAGACGGCCCAACCAGGCAGAUGUUCCUGAUCAGCUGCGUCAAGAAGUAGAAAGUUGCUAUCGGCUCAGGAUGCCUGAAGACUUUUAUCAGUUCUGGAAGUUCUGUGAGGAGCUAAAGCCUGACAAGCCAAGUGAAGCACUCCUAUCAAGUAUUGGACUUCAGCUAGUUGGGCCAUAUGAUAUUCUUGCUGGAAAACAUAAAAAAACAAAAUCAGCAGAUCUGAACUUCAACCUUCACUGGAGGUUUUUUUAUGACCCUCCUGAAUUUCAGACUAUAAUUGCUGGGGAUAGCAAAACUCAGUAUCACAUGGGAUAUUUCAGGGAUGUGCCAGAUGAACUUCCAACGUGGGUUGGUGCAAACGAAGCAAAGAAAAGCUGUGUAAUUUCUCAAAUUGGUGACAAUGUAUUUGCUGCAGUCAAAUUGUUUUUGUCAAAAAAGCUUAAGGAAGUGACAGAUAAAAAGAAAAGUGGUAUUUUGAAAGAUAUAGAUGAAAACCUUACAAGAACGGCAAAAGAAUUGGGUUAUUCGCUGGAACAGAAAACCAUGAAGAUGAAACAAAGAGAUAAGAAAGUAGUGACUAAGACAUUUCAUGGAGCAGGUCUGGUUGUGCCUGUAGAUAAAAAUGAUGUUGGGUACAGAGAGCUCCCUGAAACAAAUGCUAAUCUUAAAAGAAUUUGUAAGGCCAUUGUGGAUGCUCCUAGCGAUGAUGAGAGACUGAAAGCCUUUGCACCCAUUCAGGAAAUGAUCACUUUUGUUCAGUUCGCUAAUGAUGAAUGUGAUUACGGAAUGGGGUAUGAACUGGGAAUGGACCUCUUUUGCUACGGCUCACAUGGCAGAAUGCCCACAGGAGUAAACUGUGUUGAAUUGUGUUGUCAUUGCCAAAGGGAAACGUCUAUUCUUAAUAUAGAUGUGACAAACCAACAAGUGUGCUAAGUACAGACUCGGAUACCCCCUUUACUAGAGUGAAGUUACAACUGGACGGAUAGAAAUAACAAUGCUUGUGAACAAUAGUGUGGAAAGUCAUAGUUUCAAUUUUGCCACUUAAAUUAUCCUUGUGUACUUUAAGUGUCACUUUGAACAAGGGUGGGGGUAGACAGGAGCAACCUUAACCAUAGUUCCUUAACUUGUAUUCAAUCCUGCCUGAUCUAGAGGAAAGCUAAAUGGCUCUCAUUGUGUAGGACAAGGUUAGAGUUCUUGAAGAUGAUAGAUUAGGGCCUGUGUUCACAGUCAGAAGAGGAGAUGAUUGUUUGCUGUUCUGUCUGCCAAACUCUGCUCACUCACUCCCUUUUUCCCCCUAUAAU